UCAUGUUGGAAGUAGGGAAUUUUUGACACUUGUUUAGUUCCUAUUCGUAUUGUUUGAAAGCCAUAUUAUUCCAACUUUUGUAUAUUUUGUUUAUACAGAAACACUCAUGGGGCUUAAUCUAAGUUCCAGUUAGUGUUACACAAAUAGUUUCGCAGUGUGGAGUCCAUACAAUAAAUGUUAUAAGUCAAAAUGUCUCGUAAUAGAUGUGAUGGGCUACUGGCUAAGGUCGAUUUUCCUCUUUAUACCCUCGAGACCCUUACGAAUCGUCAUGUUCUGGUGGCGGGAGGUGGUGGAGCUUCAAAUACAGGAGUGGCAAAUGGAUUUGAAAUAUUCGAGAUAUCGCACAAUGGCAAUAAGUUUGUUGCUGAGGAGGUGAUGCGACAUGAAACGGGCCCUAACGUGGUGAUGAACUGCUCGAUCCGCAACGCUCAGGGGCGCACGUAUUUAUGCGCGGGGCAGGAGAGCCACUGCCAGCUGUACCGGGUAAACGUGCGCAUGGUUGACGUCGCGGAAAUGCGGCGGGGUAGCUUCCGCGCUGAGAACGGCCUGGUACGGCGGCGCCGGCGUACCGUCUCCGAGAACGACAACAUAUCUAAAGCAGACAUUGGCACUGUGGACAAGCGAAUGUCUUUUGAGAUACGUCCAUGUGACAGUGUACAAACUGAUUUUGGUGAUGACCCACUGCAGAGGGUUGUGAGAAUUAGCCACAAUGGUAAGCUGAUGGCAACGGGUGGUGUGGAUGGCAAGGUGCGUGUCUGGAGCUUCCCUCAGAUGCAGCUACUGUUUCAACUAGAAGGUCACACUAAAGAGUUGGACGACCUUGACUUCAGUCCAUGCGACAGUCAGUUGGUGAGCAUCGCGAAGGACGGUCUGGCGCUGGUGUGGGGCGUGGCGGGAGCGGCGGGCGCUCGCGAGCCGCUGCGUACACUCACCUGCCAGCCGCCCAACGGCACCAAGUAUCGCUUCCGGAGGUGCAGGUUCGGCGCGUCCGCAGAAGUGAUGUUCACGAUAGCGAACCCGGUGUCGCGAGCUGGCAGCGGGCGCGCACGCGGGCUGCUGCAGCAGUGGGCGUGGCGGGGGGCGGGGCCAGAGAGUGGGGGCGGGGGCGGGGGCGGGGCGGGGCGCACUGUGCUGCUGCCGGAGGCGCUGUCUGCGCUGGCUGUGCGCGACGACGGCAAGUUCCUCGCUGUGGGCACCAUGUUCAGUGGCUCCGUGCACAUAUACAUCGCGUUCAGUUUGCAGCGAGUGCUGCAGGUGAAGAACGCGCACGGCAUGUUCGUGACGGGUCUGGCGUUCCUGCCGGUGGGUGCGGGGGGUUCUGGGGGUGCGACAGGGGGUGUGGUGGGCGCCGGACAGGCACUUGCCAGUCGCAGUGAGGCUGCACUACUCUCCAUCUCAGUGGACAACUGCCUCUAUGUACACAGCGUGCCUUAUCCACGUACCGUCCCCGCUUGGGUUGCCAUCAUUCUCAUAGUUUUCGUAUUGUUCUGUACCUUCACGUUAUGCUCUUAUUUGGGUAUAUAGCGAUAUAAUGUAUUUAUAUUAUAAUUUCAUAUAUUGUAAAACAAAUUAUUUUUCCGUGUAAGUAGUUUUGGGGUUAUUUUUAGUUGUAAAAGGUUACAUGCUCAUAUAAUUGUGUAGGUUUUGUAUAAAUAAAAUCAAUUUAAACAAAUUUUAUCUUAGAAAAUGUUGGGAAUUAUUCUGUUUUCAUUAAUUACAAAUUAAAUCUGUUGUAAUUUAAUUUUAUGUGUAUUAUAAUUGUUGAUAUUUCCAAACAUCAAUGUACAUUAGGAUAAUUGAGUGCACAGAAUUUGUCCGCCACCGAACAGACUGUGAACGACUGGUGUAGAAUUAUAUGAUAAAGCUGUAUGUAUUAUUAAAUGAAUUAAAUAUUUAUGGCCAUGA